AAAUAAUUCAUUAGACCGUAAACAAAAAAUGACAAAUUUACUCAAAAUGAAAAGUUAUAUUCUCUUUAUAUUUCCUUGAUAAAUUUAGCAAAAAUGACAUCUGAAUUUGUGAGCGUGCUGAUUCCACGGACUGUAGACAACAGAUAUCUGUUGAUAAAUAUCCGUGGAAACGGCCUGUGGUUCCCGACUGCGGAACGGCAGGGAGAUGAGUCGAUGAAAACUGUUGCUUGUAGCCUUGUUGAAGAGGUGAGUGGACAGAAGGCUGUUUUGAAAGGAGUUCUACGUACUCAAUUUACAAGAUUAGGUGGGACAAUUACAAAGAUCCACUUAUUCUUCUUGGCUAUUCCAAUAACAUCUAUAGAAAAGUGUGCAGCUGAUGCAGUAUGGCUGUCAGAUACUCAGAUGGAGCAGCACUUGGAUGAUAUACAGCCUCUGUUGCUUGGCCCUGAACCCAUGAAGAUGGCCAACCUGAUCAAGGACAGCUCUGGUAUAAUACCACAGACAUCACUAAGUGAAAACACAAUGGAGUAUGUCUCUGUAGACUCCGAGUCCUCCCAAAUCUCUCCCCAAGAAUCACUCGUGAAAUCCUCUAAACUGGGAAGGAAAGAACAAGAGCUGUUGCACGAGGAGUUUAUGGAACUAGUUCAUCCCAGUCACUUCAUGAACAAAACCUUGUUUAGCAAGUAUAUGGAGCUGAAGGGAGCCAGGAUGGAUCAAGUAGACCAUUUGUUCAGGGCAUUUGAUGUUCACAAGCGUCGUUACUUGUCGUGUAAGGACGUAUUGCUGGGUCUAGCUGCCAUGGAGCCGAGCACACAACACGGGGGUAUGCCUGCAGAGAUGAGGUGCCGAUACAUCUUCCGAUUCUAUGACAGGAACAUGGACGGAAAUCUUCAGUUUGAUGAGUUCAAGCGUUUGGUGUUUGACAUCCGCCAGAACAAGGGUCUGUCCACAGAUGAGAGUGCAGUAGAUGAAGAUGCUCUAAAUAGUGCCAGUGUUUGUAUUGAAGGGUUAUUUGGCUCAGAAACCAAAGAUAGGCUGCCUCUGGCAGAUUUCCUUAGUGCAGUGGGUCAGCUUAAGUUUCGAGGAACCUCAGUAUUAUUUCGUCUUCCACAUUCAUGUACACAGUCACUGAAAAGCGUGGAUGGGGAUGAGAGCUUGUCAGACGGUGACAACGAGCCGCCAUCCAAACGAGGUCGCCACAAAAUCACCGACCCUAUCCGCAACCAUAAGAAACUGGGAAAUACGGGUCCAGGUCCAAAUAAUGACUUAUUCAAGCAACCAGAGGGUCGUCCAGUGACUGCCCUGUCCAGACAGAACCGGUAUGAGCUGGCCACACACACAGUGAAGGUGCGGCGGACAGGGGCACUGCAGGAGGUGAUGGCCAUCUGGGACCUACAGGGUACUGGAGCGAUCACCAACACAUCAGUGAGUCACCUAGAGGGGGACAUCUCCAGGUUCCAACGAAUGUCAUCCAUCGACUCCUUUAACCAGCGAUCUCACCCCAACGAGAUGUUAACGGGGCUGCGAUACUUCGAGAGAUCUAUCAAGGGGGAUAAUGGCACUCUUACAAAGAAUGUGUUUGAAUGGGGUCAGGUAGACAAGAGUGCCCUGGCCAAGUGCCUGCUGGCCUUGUGUCGCCAGAUCAAGGAAAUUCUCGAUGGCGAGCCACGCCUUCUCAAGCUCAAGUCUCCCAUGUACAUACUAGGUGAUAUCCAUGGUAACUACAGAGACCUUGUGUGUUUCGAGAAGACCCUGUGGAGAAUGGGGCCCUUGUUGACCCCCGCAUCUUUCCUCUUCCUGGGAGAUUACGUGGACAGGGGCGAGUUUGGAAUUGAGGUUGUUGCCUACCUAUUUGCUCAAAAAAUUCUUGCACCCAGCAAGUUUUUCCUGCUGCGAGGCAAUCAUGAACUCAGGAGUGUACAGGAAAUGUUCUCCUUUAAGACGGAGUGCUUGAACAAGUUUGGUGAGAGUAUUGGUCUACAGCUGUGGGAGGCCAUUAACGACUGCUUUGACGUCAUGCCCAUCGCAGCAACUGUCGAUGACAAGAUAUUCUGUGUGCAUGGUGGAAUCCCUGCCCCAGAGCUGGACGGAGGGCUUGUGGAGUCGAUCAACAAGGUGCCCCACCCACUGAAGAACCCUGAAGAUGAAAGCCCCCUGGCCUGGGACAUAAUGUGGAGUGACCCCAUCAGCCUUGAUGUUUUGACACCAGAGGCCAUUGUUGACCUAAAGGAGAACAAAGGUUUCAUCAACAACACCCGACGUGGCACUGCCCACUUCUUCAGCUGUGAUGCCCUUAUCAGCUUUCUGGAGAGGAAUGGCCUCACCCACGUCAUCCGGGCACACGAGGUCCAGGAGGCUGGAUUCCAGGUGCAGCAGCAAGGCAAACUGUUGACAGUUUUCUCCUCUUCCCACUACUGCGGGGGUAGCAACGAGGCCGCAUGUGUCCUCGCAGACAGUUUCAAACUGCGCAUGAUUCGUAUAGACACAAGCUGAGAUCAGUAUUCACAGUGCAGGUGCUUCAGAACCCUGGUGACACAUAUCUCAUCAUCACUCGGCAGUUUUCAUAUUUACUGCUGUGAAGAAAGCAUGUCAUAAUCAAAAGCUGAUGACUCCAUGACUCCAUCUUGCAGCGAUGCCAAAGAUUUAUUUCUAUCUUAAAAUAAACCUUCACAUGUACUACAGAACAGUUUAUCUACAUGCAAAGGUUAAAAGUAGUAGAACUAAAUAUCACCCAGUGUUAUCUUCAUUUUUUUCUUAAUCCAGUCAAUUAGUCAAUUACAUGAAUGUUGACCAGAAUCCUUCAGAUUGUUCAUUGGAAUGUUUUACUUAUUGAGGACUUUUACUCAACCAUAGCUGAACAGUAUUUUUUUGUUGUUGAUAAUAUUGUAAUAUUGCCUACCAUCUUCCACAAUAUUAAUGUAUAACUUGUAAAUAUGUGUAGCUGAUUUCUAUCUAGUAUUUAUUUAAUGAAUAUGAAUUGUGCUGGCUUCAAGAGUUUAAUUGUUCAGACAUUUUUACUCUGUCAGUUUUUCAAAUGAUUAUAUGAACAUUGAUAGUGAUUCUAUUUGUAUAUUAGAGUAGAGCAGUACAGACUGACUGAUGCACUUAUAAGAAAGAAUUAUUUGCCUAUUUUUGUACAAUCACAAAGCAGUAUUGUUUUCCACAAUUGCAAAACAGGCUAUCAUUAGAAAAAUCCUGGUGAUAAUUUUAAUCAUCAUGACCAUCAUCACUAUCAUCCCCACCAUCAUUAUCAUUGUCAACAUAAUCGUUUUUGUUGUCAUCACCAUCAUUGUCAUGAUCAUCUUAUCAUCAUGUCCUUAGUGACAAUAGAAAUAAAUUUCUGCUCAAGGUCACUCUUGAUGUCCUCAGUUCUGGAAUGUUUUACUGUUCUAAACUAGACAAACAGACUCUUGAAAUGAUUGUAUAUAGGUUUUAUAUAUUAUUCAUUGCUCAUAUUCAUUUCCAUGUAUAUUUUCUAGAAAAUCAGGUCUAUGUAUACACAUUUUUAGCUCUUCUGGCCAAAGGUAAGAAGAGCUCAUACAAUAGCGCAGUGUCCUUCGUCAGUAAGUCUGUGCGUGCAUCUAUAACAAUUGCUUGUAAACUUGAAAAUGUCUUCAGUUUUAUAUAUAGUUUAAUAUAACUAAUACAGUAGCUAGAUAUCUUUGAGAGUUCAGACUCAACUUGUACUAGCAAUGUGUCAGAAAAACUCAGGUUUAAUUCUGUUAUUGAGCUUGUGAAAGCAAUAGAGCCUUUAUUUAUUACCCAAUGUUUACUUAACUUCAACAGUAGUUGAUAUUGACUUAUUCACGAUUCCUUUCGAAAACCAGCCAGAUUUGUUCAUGCAUGGCUGGAAUAUGGUCCUUGUAAUUGUCAAAAAUGGCUUUAAAAUGGCUUGUGAACACAAUAGAGCCUCCGUUUCUUAUUGGAUUAUCACCAAACUAAGGCAAUAGUUAUAAAUUGAUGAGACCUCAGUUAUUUUCGAAAAACGGCCAGAUCCGCCCAGACUUGACUGGAUUAUGGCUCUUGAAAUUGGCAAUAUUUCUGUAAUCAAAAGACCCUCCACAUUCACAUUGCAUGUUUUAUGUGCAUUUUGUACCAGUAUGUUACAAGACUGUAAUGGAUGCGCACAUUAACCAACACGAAAUGUUCCGAGUGAACUAUCAGUAUGUUGCCAAUUACCCAUACUUACAUGCUACGGAAAAAUGACCAAACAAUGGGCCUCUUGUAGGAAUAUAUUUGGAAGAAAUGUAUGAUAUUUUUAAAAUAAACUAUUUGUAGUUCUUUUUAAGAUGGUAGCUGUUGUGCUGAAAGUUAAAAUGGCUAGUAUAUGUUAUUAUGUUGGAUCUAAAUAAGGUUUUUGGACAAUUGUUUGGAAUGCCACUGUAACAGGUGAUGUAGGACUUCUAGGUUAUUCAUGUUUCCUAGUCAGUAACUUUUGAGAAUGGUAGAAAGGCAUACUGUUAGUUGUACGUCAUUAUCAGUUAUAUAUUACAUGUGCAUGAGUUGUUCAGAUCUUCACUUAAACAUUUUAAGUAAGCCCCUUACUAUUAGCUUUACACCAGAUUUUAUAAGCAUGAACUAAUAGAUUAUUGUUGUUUUUAUUAGCAGCUAUUGUGUUGGAGCAAAAAUGUCUAAUACAAGCCAUUGCUCUUUAUAAAACUAAUUAAUUAUAAAUCUAGGGGUCGUUUUAAUCACAGGCCUUAAUGAUAAUUAAAUGAGAAUUAGUCGGGAAAUCCCCAUGUUAAAGACAUAAGCUCAAACACGGAAUACACGCAUCGUCCUUGUUAUGUUUUGUACACAUGUUUUUGUUAUUGUUAAUGAGAUUGUUGUUUUACUUUUUGGGACUUUCCAUACUUGCUGAAUCUUGUUACAUAGAAGCUGUCCAGAUAGUAUUAACUUUUAGCUUGCAUGUUUUUCAAAGAAAAAAUGUCAAAAGGAUUGUCAUAGCCUUAGUGUUGUAAAUUUGUGCCCAAAAACUUACCGUAAACCUUGGCCAAAAUCAAGUUCUGUUUAUAUACCCUGGCCAAAAUCAAGUUCGGUUAAUAAACCUUGGCCAUAAUCAAGUUCUGUUAAUAAACCUUGGCCAAAAUCAAGUUCUGUUUAUAUACCUUGGCCAAAAUCAAGUUCUGUUUAUAUACCUUGGCCAAAAUCAAGUUCUGUUUAUAUACCUUGGCCAAAAUCAAGUUCUGUUUAUAUACAUUGGCCAAAAUCAAGUUCUGUUAAUAUACCUUGGCCAUAAUCAAGUUCUGUUUAUAUACCUUGGCCAUAAUGGUCAUAAUGAAGCUCUGUUAAUAAACCUUGGCCAUAAUGGCCAUAAUCAAGCUCUGUUAAUAAACCUUGGCCAUAAUGGCCAUAAUCAAGUUCUGUUUAUAAACUUUGGCCAUAAUCAAGUUCUGUUAUUCAACCUUGGCCAUAAUGGCCAUAAUCAAGUUCUGUUAAUAAACCUUGGCCAUAAUGGCCAUAAUCAAGCUCUGUUAAUAAACCUUGGCCAUAAUGGCCAUAAUCAAGUUUUGUUAAUAAACCUUGGCCAUAAUGAAGCUCUGUUAAUAAACCUUGGCCAUAAUCAAGUUCUGUUAAUCAACCUUGGCCAAACUCGAGCAAUGUUAAUCAACCUUGGCCAUAAUCAAUUAUAUUAUUUUAUAACUUGGUACUCUUAUUACCAAUUUCAAUAUUUACAGCAAGGCCCAGAAAUGUGACUUUAAUAUUUAUUUCUAAUGAAAAAAAAACAGAUGAGCUAUGGCGUUGGCCCUCGUGUUGUCUUCACAUACUGCAGGCCAAAUAUUGUACCAACAAAAUAUAUUCAUGUAUAUUUUAGUUAAAAAAAAUCUUCACUUUGUACCUAGACAUUUUCUUGUUAUAAUUAAACAAUAUGUUGGUCAAAUGUGUUUUAAAAAUAAAAUAAAACAAAGCA